AUGGCUUCCAAGGCUCUAGCUUCCACUGCUCUCCUCCUCUCCCUCAACCUCCUCUUCUUCACUUUGGUCACCUCCACCAAUGUUGCUUGCCCACCACUUCAGAAAAAGGGUCACAAACACCAGCCCAAGCAUGCAAGUCCUGCACUACCCAACCCUAACCCCUCUAAGCCUGCCACGUGCCCCAAAGACACAUUGAAAUUGGGGGCAUGUGCUGACCUGUUGAAUGGUUUGGUGCACCUUGUUGUUGGUCCACCAAAGUUCCCUUGCUGCAGCCUCAUUGAGGGCCUUGUUGAUCUUGAUGCCGCUGUGUGCCUUUGCACUGCAAUCAAAGCUAAUGUCUUGGGGAUCCACUUAAACAUCCCCGUUUCACUCAGCCUGCUCUUGAACUACUGCGGGAAGCAGGUCCCAAGUGGCUACGAGUGUGCUUAA